AUGAACGCCAUCAUUGGCUUCACAGCUGGGUGCAGUUUUGUAAAUUACCAGGGACAAGGUAGCAAGAAAGAGUUGCAGGCUCUCCGCAUUGACUUCUUGAGGAAGCAGAACACCACGGCCCACCACACGGACAACUUCCAGACCAACAAACUCGUGCUCCGUCGCGGCCAGGUAUUCCACCUGCGUCUGAUGCUCAGCAAAUCUUUGGAGCCCCACGAGCAACUGAAGCUGCAGUUUGCUAUCGGGCCGAAUCCUAGCAUUGCCAAACACACCCUGGUGGAGCUGAACCUGAAGAUGCCCACCGCGUCCCGCUUCGAGGGCUGGAAGGCUUCGCUGACCAGUAACACCGGCAGGGAGGUCAUCGUGGCCAUCACCAGCGCCCCCAACUCCAUCGUGGGCAAAUACGAGAUGGCCGUGAAGACCGGAAGCCACACAUUCAGGGUGCAUGAGGACUUCUACCUUCUCUUCAACCCCUGGUGCAUUGACGACCCGGUUUUCCUGCCUGACGAGGAGGAGCGCAAGGAGUACAUCCUCAACGACACCGGCUACAUAUACAUGGGCUUCGCCAAGCACAUUCGCGGCAAGCCCUGGAACUUCGGCCAGUUUGAGAAAAAUAUCCUAAGCUGCGCCAUUUACCUGCUGACCCAGAGCUACCUCAAGAUCCUGGAAAUGAGGGACCCUGUGCUGGUGGCCCGCACCAUGUGUGCCAUGAUGAGCUCGGCGAACUCCAACGGCGUGCUCACGGGGAACUGGUCGGGGAACUACGCGGGCGGGACGGCGCCGCACCUGUGGUCCAGCAGCGUGGCCAUCCUGCAGCAGUUCCACCACACCAAGCAGCCCGUCAACUUCGGCCAGUGCUGGGUGUUCUCCGGCAUCCUCACCACGGUGCUCAGGGCUCUGGGCAUCCCCGCCCGCAGCGUGACGGCCUUCGAGUCAGCCCACGACACGGAGAAGGACCUCACCGUGGACAUCUACCUGAACCAGACCGGCAAGACCAUCCCGGACCUCACCAAGGACUCCGUGUGGAACUUCCACGUGUGGACAGACGCGUGGAUGCGGCGGCCAGAUCUGCCCGUGGGCAACGAUGGCUGGCAGGCCCUGGACGGCACCCCACAGGAGAUCAGCCAUGGUGAGCGUGCGGCCUGGGUGGGGGCCGGGGCGUUAGUCAUGAGUCCGGAAGAGAGCGCGGAGGGGGCGAUCGGGGGCCAGAGGAGUGAUUUGUGA